GUUUGUAACAGAGACAACCGACUCACACACAGCUCCGUUUUCCAUUUUCCAUAUUCCACCUCUGCUCUCUUUACAGAUCUGAUCAAGACCCCACCUAUGGUGCUGAGGAUGCCAUUGCAACCCGAGAACAAGAAGCACCCUGAUGAGGAAGAUUCUUGUUCUGUAGCUUCCUCAUAUCCUUUGACCCCCAAGAAUCAUUGUUUGAUAUCUUAUUCUUCUAUACCUUCUUGUUCUUUCUAUUGCCUCUCCACUCUCUUUCUUUUCAAAAUUCAUGUUAUCUUUUCACUAUGCAUAGAACUGCAGCAUCUUCAAGGACUAUUAAGUCCAGGAUGACUGUUUCUGCAGCUCCUCCAUUUAGAUGUUCAGAACAUGCAGAGAAACAGAAGGAGUUUUAUUCAAAAUUAGAGGAGAAACAUAAAGCAAUGGAAGCUGAGAAAAGCCAGAGUGAAGCAAGGACCAAGAUCUUAAUAUUUGAAGGAAGAGAUAGAGGUGGCGGUCAAGCCAUUCAGAAAGAGUUUAUCUUUUAUGGGGAACCCAAUGCCAAGCUUCUACCAUGAGGGACUACCACCAAAAGCUGACCUGAGAAAGGUAUUGCAUGGUUUUGUUUGUUCUUCUUGUCAUAUAAAAGUUUAGGAUUCUGAGAUGCCAUGCAAACCACUUUCUCCACAAAGCUGCUGAGAAAUUUUGACUUUUUAAUUGAUGAAUAGAAGCAUAAAAGCAUAAGUGUAGGGUUCGUCUAUUUCAAAAUUAUUUUCUCCUAUAUGUUGAAACACUUAUAUAAACUGGAAAAGAAAGAAAGGGAAUUCUUAUGCAA